AUGUCGCCUGAACAAUCUGGUUCUUCUAAAUCUUCUAGUCCGGAUAAAUUUCCUUUGAAUUCGAAUAAACAGUCGCCCAACCGAGAAGGAGCAUUUUCAAAGAGAAUUACAAAGACGAAUCCGCUGUUACAUGGACAAGGUGAUGGGAGAGAGACACGUAGGAAGUUGUUCUUGAGGAGGGUUAGAGAGGAUUCAGAAGAUAAAAGAUGGAAGGCUAGAGGGGGUGAUGAUGAGAUAAUGAGAACAAUUUGGAUUGCAGAGCAGAGGCGGAGAGCGGAAAGGCAGGCUAGGGAUGCGCAGGGUUGGGCGGUUGAUGUUGAUGUUGAUGCGCAAGAUGAGCAGGAUAUGCUGAUGGAUUACGGCGCUGGAAAGCUGACUUUGGAUGAGGCCAUGGCCGAAGAAGUGGCAAGAAACGAGGAAGAGGAAUUAGAGGCUUUAUUAGCAUCUAUGACCGAAGCCGAACGGCGACAAACUCUCGAUGAAGCAUAUGAAAAUGUCUCAACACUCGACGAAGAAAUCGGCCCGGUUGAUGAAAAUGAAGCAGCUGCAUGGGCACGUGGAGAUUUCCAGCAAUCCUUAAGCCAACAUGAUACUAAUGUUAUGGAUAUUGAACGAAAAUUCAACGCUUCCUCACCCGAUACACAUUUUGUGUGUUGA